GUCUCUUUUUGAACAUGCCCUCGCAUUAAUUUGAUGUUCCUUUAGAGAAACCAUCUCUUUCUGUUCCUAUAUAUACUUGGCAUGUAUUGGCUUCUCUUUCAAAAAGUUAACCAGUUCUAAGUACUAAUCCAAUCAAGCCACAAUGGCUAUAACCACCUUUCCAACCAUCGACAAAUGCUCAUCGAACGGGCGAGAAAACCAUACGGUGGUUGCGGACAUGGACGGGACCUUGCUAAGAGGUCGCAUCUCUUUUCCUUACUUUGCUCUCAUUGCUUUUGAGGUCGGUGGGAUUUUAAGGCUCCUGUUCUUGCUCUUGGUCUCCCCAUUAGCUGGACUCCUCUAUUACUUCGUAUCUGAAUCGGCUGGAAUCCAAGUUCAGAUCUUCGCAACAUUUGCCGGUGUGAGGGUGUCUGAGAUCGAGUCGGUGGCGCGUGCCGUGCUGCCUAAGUUUUACUCGACUGACAUUCACCCAGAGUCGUGGCGCGUGCUCUCUGCCUGCGAGAAGCGGUGUAUUCUUACUGCCAACCCUAGGAUUAUGGUGGAAGCGUUUUGUAAGGAUUUCCUUGGAUUUGAUACGGUUUUGGGCACUGAAAUUGCAACCUACAAAGGUAAAGCCACUGGCUUUGUUUCUCCACCUGGUGUGCUUGUCGCAGAGAAGAAGGCUGAUGCUCUUAAGAAGGCUUUUGGAGAUGUACAGCCAGAGAUUGGGCUUGGCGAUAGGCACACUGAUAUUCCUUUCAUGGCACUUUGCAAGGAGGGUUAUAUGGUUCCGCCCAACCCUAAAGUAGAAGCAGUGACCAGAGAUAAGCUCCCUAAGCCCAUAGUCUUCCACGACGGCCGCCUAGUCCAAAAGCCAACACCUCUAAUGGCCCUCCUCACCAUCCUCUGGCUCCCCAUCGGCUUCUUCCUUGCCUGCCUUCGAAUCGCCGUUGGCUUCCUCCUCCCCAUGCCAGUCGUUUACUACGCCCUCUGGGCCCUCGGUGUUCGUGUCACCGUUAAGGGCUCCCCACCCCCUCCAGCCAAAAAAUCCACCGGCCAGUCUGGCGUCCUCUUCAUCUGCUCCCACCACACCCUCCUCGACCCCGUCUUCCUCUCCAUCGCCCUCGGUCGCCCCAUCCCCACCGUCACCUACUCCGUCUCUCGCCUCACAGAGUUCCUCUCCCCCAUCAAGACCGUCCGCCUCAACCGCGACCGCGCCAAAGACGCUGCCAUGAUCAAGAAGCUACUAGAUGAAGGUGACCUUGCAAUCUGCCCCGAGGGGACCACCUGCCGGGAGCCAUUUCUGUUGAGGGUCUCAGCGCUUUUUGCUGAGCUAACCGAUGAGCUCGUUCCGGUGGCCAUGGUGAACAAGAUGAGCAUGUUCCAGGGCACGACGGCGCGUGGGUGGAAGGGGAUGGACCCUUUUUACUUCUUCCUGAACCCUCGCCCAGAAUACGAGGUUACAUUUUUAAACAAGCUGCCGGCGGAGUUGACUUGCGGGGCAGGCAAGUCGAGCCAUGAGGUGGCGAAUUAUAUACAGAGGGCUAUGGCGGCCAGCCUUUCGUAUGAUAUCACCAGUUUUAUGAGGAAAGACAAGUAUAGGGCUCUGGCUGGGAACGAUGGCUCUGUGGUUGAGAAACCUGUGCUGCAACCGAACAAAGUCAUGGGGUGCUAAUUUUGAUUCAUUUCCUUUCGGUUUUUCUAACUUUUAUGUAAGAUGCUCAAUAGUAUAUAUUGCACAUUUGCACUGUGCUCAUGUGCUUAAAAAAAGACAGUUAGGGAUUAGCCAAGACACCAAUUGUCUCUGGUUGAUGAUUAUAUUUUCGUUUAGUCAGAACGUAUCACUAUGUCAAAAAGGCCUUCAGACGACAGAACUGUUCUGUCGUCUGAACGAACAAAAAUGUGUCGUCUAGUACGAUGUCGUGUCUUGGGCGUAUCGAACGACAGAAGAGUUCUGUCGUCUGAAAAUUCAGACGACAUAAAAAAUGUGUCGUCUGAUGAGUUUUGCAUUUUGGGAACAUUGUGAUCUGUUUCUUUAAAAGCAUUCAAACAACGGUUUUGUAUUGUCUGAUAAACAAAACAAUGACAUAUUUUUUGAAAUACUAUUCUGUGAAGCAUAUUGCAAGACUUAUUUGUGUGGUCUGAAUGCCCUUAAAUAAGAAAUAUGAAGACUCAUAUGUAGUGUCUUCUCUCAUACAACAACACUUAAAGGUUGUGCUAAUUUACUUUACACGACAAUUAUAUGUGGUCGUAAAGUGUAUCAGAGGACAAUUAAAUGUCGUUCUAUAGUUGAUUUGUAUGACAUUUAAGUGUUGUGUGAAAGAUUUUUCAAUUAUA